CGCGAGAUCUGAGAAGUGGAAAAAAUGGCGCCGAGAUGAUCGAGCGCCCGCGUCGCCGAGGAAGCCGCCCCUGCUGGAGCCGCAGCCACCGAAGGCACGGGGAGCAGAGGUCGAACUGAGUGGAGGAUGGAGGAACCGUCCAAGCCCAGCCCGGACAUGCUAGCCACUGCAGAGUCCAGCUCCAGUGAGCUCGACAAGGAGGUGGCGUCUCCAGAUGUGGCUGGGGCCGCCCCCUUUUUCCCUAACCCGACAGCCGUACCAUCAGCGUGGGACCGUGGAGGACCUCCGCAGCUGGUUGCCUCCCCAGCCCCAGACAGCUGCCAGUCUGGCUCAACCAGCACAGGUGUGGGGACCAGUGAGGACCUGAGGUUGCCCAGACGACGUCCACCACCAGGGAAACAGAUACCCUGCUCUAGCCCUGGCUGCUGCCUCAGUUUCCCCAGUAUUCGUGAUCUGGCACAGCAUCUCCGUACCCACUGCCCACCUACACAGUCACUGGAAGGCAAACUCUUCCGAUGCUCAGCCCUGAGUUGCACUGAGAGUUUCCCCAGCAUGCAGGAGCUGGUAGCCCACGGCAAGAUGCACUACAAGCCCAACCGCUACUUCAAGUGUGAGAAUUGCCUCCUGCGCUUCCGAACUCACCGCUCGCUCUUCAAGCAUCUGCAUGUUUGUGCAGAGCAUGCUCAGAGCCCAGCCCCGCCACAACCCCCUGCCCUGGACAAAGAGCCACCUGUGCCUGAGCGCCCCCCAGAGUCCGACCCUGCAUCUGCCCUGAGUCUGCCAUUCCCACUACUUGAACCUUUCACCUCUGCCCCCUCUGGGCCCUUCCUUCCCUACUUGAACCCUGCGCCCUUUGGCCUCAGUCCCCCGCGACUGCGCCCGUUCCUGGCUGCUGCUCCAGGACCACCAGCCUCUAGCACAGCCAUCUGGAAAAAGAGUCAAGGUGCUACCGGAAGUCCCAGAAGACCUCAGGGUGGUCCCGAUGCGCCCUCAGGGUAUGCAGCCCCCAGUCGCAUCGUGUGGGAACACACGCGUGGCCGUUACUCGUGCAUGCAGUGUGACUUCUCCACGGCCUCACGGCCAGCCAUAACACUACACCUUCAGGACCACCGCCCUGGUGCCUCUGCAGCCCUGGCGCCUGGGUCCCUCCCUGCUGACACCCUGGCGGGUAAGGCUGAGGAAUGCUCAGGCAUGGAGCCAGAGGCAAGGGGUGAGGCCUGGGCUCAGUGUCCCCUCCCUCAACUCCAUACAAACCCAACCCAGUUUGCUCCUGGGGUGUGACAACUGUCAGAGGGGGAGCAUCCCAUUUUCUCAUAGCUUUGAACCAGCUGUGAAGGCAUAGCUCUGUUGGACUGGCUGAGAGGGCCUGCAGAGAUUCUUGUCAUUGGAGAGGAAGGAGACAAUAAAAGAGGCAAGAUGAGCCAGCCUGU